AAAUGUAUUUUAUUUAAGGAAACACGAUACUCAUAUGUAAUGAUGUAAUGUAAUAUUGGCGCAUUAUUUAAUUAAGAAUUAAACUCCGAAAAGUGCGUUCUAAUAAAGCCAUUCCAAGCAAAGAAAUAUUUAAUUGUGUGCAACUUAGUUAUAAAACGUAAAUGUUGACUAAUUGUGAUCUUGAUUCAGUUCAUCGAUAAAAGAAAGCUAAAAUGGGUUGCUUUGGAAGUAAAGAUAAAUUAUCUAAAGAGGAUAUGGAUUUCCUCAAAGAUCACACGAGAUACGAUGAAACAACAAUCAAAGAAUGGUACAAAGGUUUCAAGAGUGAUUGCCCGAAUGGUCGCUUGACACCUGCAAAGUUUGUAGAUAUGUACAAGAUGUUUUUCCCAUCUGGAAAUGCUGAAGAAUUUUGUGAUCACGUCUUCAGAACAUUUGAUAUGGAUAAAAACGGAUAUAUUGAUUUUAAGGGUUGUAAUUCCAUAUUAUUUGCAUUCUAUGAUGAAAAAAACGUCUACAAGGCUACAAAAUAA